UUUCCGUAGACCGCAUGACACAUUUGCAUACACUCCAGGAAGUGUAAUGUUCAUGAGACACUUGCAUUGUACACCUGGCUGCUUUACUUUAUUUCCUGAACAUUGUAGGAUAUUUGAGUAAUUCGUAGAGUACCCUUACACUCGGCUUGUGGACCACGAGUGCCGCGAUACGCUAUGCUUUGUAGACUUAAAAGAAAACGACUUAAAGAAGACUUAAAUUAAAUCGAUUCAACUAAAUGAGUAAAUAUGACUUUGGCCAUUGUGCCAUUGUUGUUUGGGCUUGUAUCUAUCACGUCAGCUCUGAGUAUUUUGGAAGGGCCCGCUCUUAAUUGUGCACAAGAGGGUUUGUAUUGUAAAGUGAAAAUAUAUAAUUGCUUGGAUGGAGACUGGCUGAAGCCAAAAAACUACACUCCAGGUUGCCCUGUGGAACUGGAGGUAGAUGUUGACACUAGAAGAGAUGAGAAAGGAGACUUGAGGCCUGUGCUUGUGGUGCGAUGGAAGGCAAAAGAUGAUGGAAGUAUUUCGUUCUUGAAGGGAACUGAGGUCAAUAUACUGAUGCUCUCUAACAACAGACACAUUUGUGUUGGAUACCUCUUCUCUAAUAGUAUAGGCAUGCGAAACCCAAAUAUGGAAAUGUGGUCGUUCUCUCUGGACCGUGUGGUGGUCGAGCCUGGUCUGUCCUACGUGGUCACUGUCUCCAACCUCCCCAAGCCAAACCUGAAGCACACCAGUUACAACAUCCACAAGAGGGUCGAGGUUCCAGGUUGCGAUGACCGCGGAAUGCAAGGAACAAAAACCUGUCUGGAAACAGGAAUUUUAUGGAAACCUAACAUGACCCUGCAGCUGUCCACUAGUCCUGCUGGCAGGAACCUCCUCACUCUGGGGUUCAGUACUGAUAAACACGCCGAUGACUACAGAGUCUUGCUGAAGUGCUUGAAUGACAGAGAAUACAGGGACAUUGCUAAGGACAAUCAGACCUCACUCAGCGUGAACUUUGAUCUUGAGAAAUGGCCAGGAACAUGCUGCCGUUUUGACGCUGAGAUCCAGCCUUUUUUCCCUCUGUGCAGCAAUGACUGUGUCCGACUAAGGAAAACCUUCAACAUUUGUCAAGUCCGCUCAACACCUCAACCUCCUUCAACCCCAUCCUUUCUUGUCACCACCACAAUGGUCUGCACAGGAGUGGUCUUCAGUUUAACCGUGUGUUGUAUUAUAUAUCGACUACUACGUGGAAGAAAGACAGAGCCACUGGGUCCCCUCCCCGUGAACGGGAAGGAACAGAGCAGGAAGCCCUCCAGGGAACACCCCAGGGUGCUGAUCAUCUACUCCCAGGACCACCACCUCUACAAGGACAUCGUACUGAAGCUGGGUGCCUUCCUACAGGCCAAGUGUGGCAUUGAGGUGGUGCUGGACCUUCUGGACACCACCUGGCUGGGCACCAUGGGUCGUCUGCCCUGGCUGGACUGGCAGUGGCAGUCCACAGACAAGGUUCUGUUCCUUUGCUCCGCGGGCGUGCAGGCCAAGUGGCGUGCCAUUUGUGGCCAGCCCAAGGUCAACCUCAGAGAGGACGUCUUGUCGUCCAUAGACGACAUGCUCACUCCCGCCCUCAACCUGUUCCUGCCAGACAUGCAGAAGCCGGCAGCCAAAGGCAAGUACCUGGUCGCUUACUUUGAGGACGUCAGCACGGAGCGGGACUCGCCGUCGGUUUUUGACAUUGCGAUCAAGUACAAGCUGAUGAAACACUUUGAGGAACUCUGCUUCCAGAUUCUGGAAGUGGAAAAAUACCAACCUGGUCAGGUAAGCCACAUCGAGGGCAUCAGAGAAGAAGACUAUUUCAACUGUCCGUCCGGUGAAGCUCUCAAACUGGCCGUCGAAGCCUUUCAGGUCUACCAGUUUGAGCAUCCCGAUUGGUUUGAGAAGGAAUGCGUGGCCAAUGAGGAGGAAGCAUUGAGCGAGCACAAGCCCCUUCUCAUCCAAGCCCCUCCCGUUUAUGAGUGCGUGCCAGAAUACCGAGACAGAGCCCCCAUUCAUGUUGUUGACGUGGAGAUCAAUCAAGAAGGUGACAGUAUCUAUACGGUCACUCCGGAAGUCAACCAAGAAUGCCAAGUGGCCUCAGUUUCCGUGCUUCCCAGGAUGGACUCUUCCUGUCAUCAGAUGUACCCCCUAGAGCAGGCCGUACAAUUUCAGCCAGGUGUGCUCCUCUCAGAUCUGCAACCCCAUGGAGGUGACCCGUUCUACAUGGCCACGCCUGCUGUUUGCAUGCCAGGCCGGCUUACCGAGGACAGGAGUCCUCUGGAGGAGUGGUCAGUGACAGGUCAGUCUCCCAGCCUGCCGUCCCCUGAGGAUUUGCAGAGACUCAUUGCUCUUCAGCUGUUCCUCAGCUCCAGCACAACAAGCCUCUCAGAGUCGGCCGAGGAAUGGUACCUUCCCCCGCACCCGUCAAUCAACGUCUCACAGCCAGUGGAGAUGGAGGAGGAGGGCUGUGCAACCAGUGAGUUGGUGGAAGCUUCAGAUAAAAGACCCAUCAGUGGGUCAGACCAAGGCUAUAUCUCCAGGAUUUCUUUCCCAGAUGAACAACUCUGUGAGAACCCAAUGGCAAACCUAGCUCGGCUGCAAGAAGAGCUCUUUCAGAGCAGUCUCUAAUACUUUGGAUAAUGUUGUGGUGUAAAAUGAUAAGGGUUGGUAGAAUGUAUUUAAUUAAUGAGCAUUACGGAUAAUCUUUCAAAUUGUUCUAUUUAGUUUACUUGCCAUAUACAUUUUUUUACUUCUUAACCCUUGUGUUAUCUUCGGGUCAUUCUGACCCAUCAGUCAUUGUGACCCACCUUCGUAUUGCGACAGAUUUACCGCAUACAAAGACAAAGUGAAGCAUUUUCUUUUAACAGCUAGGCUGUCUCAGACCCCCCACAUUGCAAAGGUUAAAAGAAAAUUAUUUUAAUUUGUUUUUGUAUUGGGUAAAAUUGGGUAAACACAACGAUGGUUCGUUAUGAACCUUUGGGUCAUGUGACCCGAAGGCAGCACGAGGGUUAAAGAACACAGAAAAUACAAUCAGUGUAAGUGUAGUCCACAAAUUUAUUUUUUAUGCCAGUCACAAUUGAGUUGUACAUCUACAGUAAAUAGAUAUCAUCAUAUCAAUACAGAUAUACGAUGCACACUUUUUACAUGUUGAAUUUGUUUUCUGUAAAUUAAUAAAGAUUUUCCUGUAAACAAUUUAGGAAUAAAACGUCCAACCCCAUUUAAUGGGAACAACAAGAGAUAGAAAAUUUGAAACAUUGAAUACAUUUCGUAUUUUCGGCUCAAGAAAGCAAUGUCCUUUGGUAGUUUGCGUUGUCUCUGUGCUUGGUCACAGUUCUGUUUGAGGUUAACAACAAAAA